UUCCUUUUUUUGCUCAAAAACAAAACCAUUAAAAAAAAAACUAAAGAAAGAAAUAUCAUCCAAGAAGAAAGAUCAAAGAUGGUUUUUUCUUCAUUUCCUACUUAUCCUGAUUCGUCAAACUGGCAACAACAACAUCAACCAAUCACAACCACCGUUGGAUUCACGGGAAACAACAUCAACCAGCAGUUUCUCCCUCACCAUCCCCUCCCACCGCAACAACAACAAACGCCUCCACAGCUUCACCACAACAACGGUAACGGUGGAGCCGGUGGUCCCGAUGGACCUGGUGGGUUAAUCCGGCCAGGUUCGAUGGCGGAAAGGGCAAGGCUAGCCAACAUACCACUGCCUGAAACUGCCUUGAAGUGUCCAAGAUGUGACUCAACCAACACCAAAUUCUGUUACUUCAACAACUACAGUCUCACUCAACCUCGCCACUUCUGUAAGUCAUGCCGUCGUUACUGGACACGUGGCGGUGCUCUAAGGAGCGUUCCCGUCGGUGGCGGUUGUCGUAGAAACAAAAGAACCAAAAACAGCAGCGGUGGAGGUGGCGGUAGCAGCAGUAGCGGUAAUAGCAAGUCACAAGACAGCACCACAAGCAACGAACAAUACCACCACCGAGCCAUGGCUAACAAUCAGAUGGGACCACCGUCUUCUUCAUCGUCUCUGAGCUCGUUGCUGUCUUCUUACAACGCAGGACUAAUCCCCGGACAUGAUCAUAACAACAACAACAUACUUGGACUUGGAUCAUCUUUGCCUCCUCUCAAGCUCAUGCCUCCUCUAGACUUCACUGACAACUUCACCUUACAAUACGGUGCCGUGUCAGCUCCUUCUUACCAUAUAGGCGGUGGAAGCAGCGGCGGAAGCGGAGGAGCGGCAGCUCUUUUGACCGGUUUUGACCAGUGGAGAUUCCCAGCAACAAACCAACUUCCUUUAGGUGGUUUAGACCCGUUUGAUCAUCAACAGCAAAUGGAGCAGCAAAAUCCGGGUUACGGUUUAGUUACCGGGUCGGGUCAGUACCGACCUAAGAACAUUUUCCAUAACCUUAUCUCCUCUUCGUCUUCUGCUUCAUCAGCUAUGGUUACAGCCACCGCCUCGCAAUUAGCUUCAGUGAAAAUGGAAGAUAGUAACAAUCAACUCAACUUGUCUAGACAGCUUUUUGGAAACGAACAACAGCUUUGGAAUAUUCAUGGCGCUGCUGCAGCAUCCACGGCAGCUGGUUCGUGGAGUGACGUCUCUAAUAAUUUCAGUUCUUCUUCUACUAGUAAUAUAUAAUCAGUUACUCAUCUCUCUGAGGAAUCUAUUGUGAUGAUGAUGAUGCUCUUAUUAAUUUCUUAUUGGGUGUAGUAUGAUCUUAUGUACUUGGUUUGAAGUUAGUACAUCAAUCGAUCUACUAGGUUUUUGUUUUUUGUCGUCCCUUUUUUUUUUGUUGGAUUAUCUUGGUUGGUGUUCUUAGGUUUAAAUUAGGGUUUUUCUAUUGCAAAUUUUAUUUUUCAUGUUUUAGUAUGAAGAUAUAAUCUCAUACAUGCGUGUAGUAUGUUCUAAUAAUAUAUUUUACUUAUUUAUAAUA